AUGGCAGUGAUGUUGUCAGAUAAGUCCAGUGCUGAUGUAGAGAUUGUGAGUCUGUGCCGUAGGGUGCAAGUGGCAGAUAGAAUGAGGAGCCGGCUCUCAUUGUCAGCUGAGAAUGAGAAUCAGCCAUGCAUUAACGGAGGGGAGUUGUUUGACUUCAUUGCUGCAAAGGAUAACUUGCUGGAGAGUGAGGCCAUUGAGUUCAUGAAGCAGAUCCUGGAGGGACUGGGAUUCAUGCACAGCAAGAACAUUGCCCACUUUGACCUCAAGCCAGAAAACAUCAUGCUGGCAGACAAAGUGUCACCACAGCACAACGUCAAACUCAUCGACUUUGGCCUGGCCCACCAUUUUAAUCAGGGGGAGGAGUACAGGAGCACAAGUGGGACCCCACAGUACAUUGCUCCUGAGGUGAUCAACAGUGAACUUCUGAGCACAGCUGCAGAUAUGUGGAGCAUCGGAGUUAUUACCUACAUACUGUAAGUAUUUGUGUGUUGGGUUGCAUGUGAGUGCUUGUAGGCUUUGAAUAUGUUGUUGUACACAAACACC